UUACUCACUCGCUCACUCACUCUGUACCUCUCUACCUCUCUGCCUCGUUCACUUUCUAUGUUAUAUUACUGGUGGCCACGUAUACACGAAGGAUCCGCUUCGCGAACAGUGCUAUGCUUUUAAGGCUGCGAUCGAGGCACUCGUCGCUGCCACCAACCUUGUCAUCGUCAUCGUCAAAAGCGUUAUUCUUCGUCUUCUCUUCUUCGUCUCCUUCGGCUUCCGUUUCUUCGACGUCAACGAAUUCGGCCGCCACGCUGCCGCCGACCUUGUCCUUGCUCUUGUUCCGUGACCAUCGCAACCGUUGCUACUUUCUUCAACAGGAUUUUCAUCAGUGGUCAUUGUACACGGAGGAUAUCCUCGGACCCUCUAGGAAAGAGCACUCGACGUUUUUCUAAUUCGGGGCCACAUAUAUACUCAAGGCCAAACGCGAUAUUUACUUUUCAACCAAGUUACAAGAAUCACUUAUGGAAGGAAUGAGAACAGGGUGAAAGAAGAGAAACGUAUUGAUGAUAAUCGACCAGCUGUCCCGAAGAUUCAUCAACAAACUGGUGCAUUCUCAUGGCAGCACGGAAACUUGCAGCCCUCUUCGCCGCGGUUCUACAACUUUGCUUAUGUCAAAUUACCCCGGAAGUUGUACCAGAGUUCCUAGCCCCUUUGGAAAAUCACACGGUAAUCCAGGGUCGUGACGUGUCGUUCACUUGCGUCGUGAAUCACUUACAAUCGUACAGGGUAGCCUGGAUUAAAUCGGAUUCUAGGGCGAUCUUAGCGAUACAUACACGUAUGGUUACACACAACCCACGGCUAUCUGUCACUCAUAAUGGACAUAACACGUGGAAGCUGCACAUAUCGAACGUUCAGAAGAAUGAUUCCGGUAGCUACAUGUGUCAAGUCAAUACCGAUCCAAUGCGAAGUCAGAUGGGCUACAUGGAAGUAGUGAUACCACCGGAUAUAAUGGACGACGAAUCAGCGAACGGUUUGGUGACACAGGAGGGUGGUAAUUUGAGGCUUAGAUGUAUUGCAACGGGUCUUCCAAAACCAACAGUCAAUUGGAAACGAGAAGAUGGAAGGAAGAUCGUACUUCGUGAAGAUGGAAAGAAGCAGAUUCUCGACACUUACGAAGGAGAAACUCUAGAGCUUACGGGAAUUUUGCGACAAGAGAUGGGGACGUAUCUCUGUAUAGCCAGUAGUAGUGUGCCACCAAGGGUCAGCAAACGUUACACCGUUUCUGUUCACUUCGAACCACUGAUCAGAAUACCCAAUCAAUUGGUGGGCGCUCCAGUUGACAGCGAUGUCGUACUACAGUGCUACGUCGAGGCUUCGCCGCAAGCUAUGAACACCUGGUACAGGGACUCAGGGGAAAAGCUGCCGCCGAACGACAAAUACACGAUGUCGGAGGAGCAGUUGAGCGAUUACUCGUGGCAGAUGAAUCUCACUGUCAAAUCUCUCAAAAAGGGUGACUUUGGUGGAUACGUCUGUUCAACGGUGAACGCCCUUGGAAAGGCGGAAGGAUGUGUUCGUCUCCAAGAGUUGCAACUCGUCGAUAAGACGACGCCGAGCAUUUUGAUGAAGAAUACGGAGACUAGGCAACGAAAAAAGACGAUUAUGAAGGAAAAGAAAAAGACGAAUGGCGGAAACACUAACAACAGACGAAAAGUCCACACGUUGGACGGUUAUGAUUCGGAUUCGAUAGGGAACGAAGAUGACCUUGGAACAACGCAAAUAAUGGCUGGUAGUACUUUGCACGAAGGCAAAACCGAUCGUCCCUUACCCCUUCCCUCUAUCUCUCCGCCAUGGAUAAACGUUAACGCAGCGAGUUCUAGACAAGGUCCGAUUGUUCGAGACAUUAUUUUUCUUCUCCUUCUUUUGUUAAGGUUGACGAACUUUUUUUAAAAUGAAAAAUCUCGUCAAUUUGUACGAAGCCCAUCGACGACGACGUGUGCUGUCCGUGUUGUGAUCGAGAUCAAAAUGAUUUUCUCUCCUAUAUCUAUAUAUAUAUAUAUAU